CGCUUUCUCCAGUAAAAAUGCUUUUAAUUUUUGUUUGAACAUGUGUGGUGACUUUUCCAUAGUUAUACUGGGAGGCAACGCGUUGUACAUCUUAAUGCCAUUAUAUUCGGGACUUUUUUCGUAUUUAGCAGAGUUAUGCUUAGGCAUGGACAGGGAUGCACCUUUUCUUGUAAAAUAAUUAUGGAAGAACUGUUAAUAAUAACAACAAUAGUGGCAUCAUCUGUCGCACAUGCAGCGUUUGCACCGAACUUAUAUCAUCCAAAGGUCUCGAUAGUUAAUAAAAUUGUAGAUGUUAAUGCUUCAUGCGACUUGAAGCAUUUUAAUAUAACUAUCUUAAUGGAGCAACCGUUUAAGGGGUUGCUCUUCGCCAAAGACUUUUCUCACGAAUGUCAUGCGACAGAGACAAAUAAUUCGUUUAGUUUGCAUUUACCGACUAGUGGAUGUGGAAUACGCUUAAGUUCAAAAACCAACGAUGAGCACGAGAGCGUUUAUUAUAUGGCGACUUUAGUGGUUCAACAAGACCGAUACCUACAACAAGCCACCGAUUUAGAAUAUACGGUGAAAUGCUUACUGCAAGAGAAUCUCAUGUCUGUGAAGAGUAAACCUAUGAUGGACGCGGUAAAGAAGCUUAUGGGACAGAAGAAAACUACCAGAACAGGACGUAUGAAGAACUUGGCGGAGAAAAGUAAAGAAAGCACAACUUCAUUUGAAAACGAAAAUGAUCUAAUCGAAGCUUUAUCUGCAACGAAAGCGUGGAUGGAAAUUAUUCCUGAGGAGGACAAUGAUCACCCUGGUAUAUUGCAAGUUGGUGAACCGGCGCUGCUUAUUAUUAAGUCAACCUUACCCGUUGGAAUUGGAUGGAAAAUAAUCGACUGCGUCGCACACGAUGGUCUUGGCGAUUCCUCCCAAAAACUCUUGGACCAACACGGUUGCCCACUAGAUGAACUACUACUACCGGAACCUCUAAUGGGCCCGCCGAAGUCAAUAGCAUUAAUGAGACACCAAGAACUCAUAUCCAAAUUUGCGGCAUUCAAAUUUCCAGAUCGGGAUAGGUUGCAUUUAUCGUGUGGUUUGCAGCUAUGCAGGGGAAGUUGCGAAACGGUUGAUUGCAAAUCUUCACUUGCGAACGAAUCCGAGAUGCGAUUGGCCCGUGAAUUGUCACAGGAUGGCGACGGAGAGAUUCUUGAUCGCUUUGAGGUGUUUAACAGCGUUGAGGUUAUUGCUCCGAGCAUUGAGUUGGAGGAGUUCAGAAAUGAUAAUAAUCGUAAUAACGUUGAUGGUAAGUAUGCAAUCGUAAUAUGGUGUAAACGAUGUACUAUAAAGUUGUACAAAGUUGUAAAUAAAUGUAUCUCUGCACAAAACAUUUUCGUUUCUUUCUGCACUCUUUUCAUUCUUAAAGGUGGCUAUUAUUUAGCGCGUGAGAUUUCUAUGUGUACAUACAUAAUAGCAUUUGUUCGUUUUCUUGUUGAUAUACUUAUGGGAUUGCUUUUUACAACUAGCUAUAUAAAAUGUAACUUGUAA